AGCACCAGGUGUGGCCACUAGCCUAUAUGAAGGCCCAAAAUUGUGUGUUCCUUUCUGCUCUGACAAUGGCAUGCCCAUUCGUGCGAGAUGUGGUGGAUGAAGAAGCACUUGUGCUGAGGAGAGCCUUCAGGCGAGAAAGGGUCUUCAGGGACCGGUUGGACCCACUGGCCUUCCCUGAUGACCAUCUAUAUGAAAGAUACAGGUUUUCUGCAGAUGGCAUCAGGUAUCUAUGCAGACUACUGGGUCCCAGGAUUAAGCACCGCACUGCACGGAGCCAUGCACUGAGUGUGGAGCAAAUGGUUUGUGUGGCCUUGCGCUUUUUGCUAGUGGAGCCUUCCUGUACUCAGUGGGGGAUGCAGAACAGCUGAACAAGGCCACAAUUUGCCGCACAAUAAGGAGUGUGUGUCUGGCUAUCAAAGCAUUAGCAGAUGUCUUCAUCUCCUUCCCUGGCCACAGAAGACUCUGUGACAUCAAAGAGGAGUUCUAUAGGAUUGCAGAUGGUCUGCAAUGCUGACUGUGUGAUCAGCAAUGUUGUGGCAAAAUGGCCUGGCUCAGUCCAUGACUCCAGAAUCUUUCUUGCCUCUGAAAUCUAUCAGUGCCUAUCACAAGGUGAAUUCUCUGGUGUGUUGCUGGGAGACAGGGGGUAUGGCUGCCAGCCUUUUCUCCUGACACCUUUCACAGACCCCCAGGAAGCACAGCAGGCCUACAACCAUGCCCAUGCCAGGACCAGGGCCAGAGUUGAAAUGACCUUUGGCCUCCUGAAGGCACGCUUUCACUGCCUUCACAAAUUAAGGGUCAGCCCUGUUAGGGCAUGUGAUAUUACUGUGGCUUGUGCUGUCCUCCACAAUGUGGCCUGCCUGAGGAAGGAGAGGGCCCCAGAGUGCCACCAGCCAUGGACUGGGACAAUCCGGCAAUCUUCCCUGAUGACGACAGUGGUCGGCUGCUGAGGGACCAAUAUGUGUUGAAUUAUUUUAGUUAGUAUGUGUGCUUUCAAUUUUGGUUAAAUAUGUCCUGCGGUGGCAGAGGAAUUUGGUUUUUUUUUUGGGUUCGUUUUUUGACGAAUUUGGCCUCUUAUGGUGUUUGUGCGGUAUACUGUGUGUAAUACAAGGCUGCAGGGAGGCUACUGCAUCCAUUCAUUUGUCUGUUCAGUUGAUGUGUAUGGAUUUGUCCUGCAUUUAUUUUAGUGUGCAGACAUGCAGGGUGUGUUAUAUACAGACCUUUGAAUGUGUAUGUAUCAUUUUGUAUAAUAUGCUUGGAUUCUGUGCUUUCCAUCUUGUAGAGUCACUGUGACUUCAGUUUCGAAAGGAGCUGAUGGUUUACCUGCUUUGUUUUGUCCUUAUUCAAUAAAGGAACAUAAUGUUACACAUUGUGUUUUUAUAUUCA